AACAAAUUUAGGACAUCUAUUACAAUCAUGACUAUGACUGGUAGAAGCAAGAGCAGAAUUUAAAAAUGAUUACCUGAAAGAAUCAAAAAGAGCUUUAAAAAUACAUACUAAUAAAUGAAGGAGCUUCAAAUGUAACACUAUGUAAUAUAGCUACCACAAGAAUAAACAAUGUACCCACAAAAUCUCAUGAAACAUGCCUCUCGUUAGCCAUGAUGCAAAGGAUAACGUAUUUUCAAAGAUGUAAAAAUUAACCAAGACGAUGAGCAUUAACAUGAUGUAGUUGAUAGAUAGGAGCUAUAAUGUAGAUUUUCAGAACAUGCUGAGCAAUAUUUUGAACAUAUGCUCAAAGAGGAUGGUGAUACUCAAAGUAAUUUAAACAAUAAGAAGAACAUCAUAGAAUCCGGUUCCAGUUAAUGAAUGAAAU